UUUCACUUUCAAAAUCCUAAUUCCUGAGUACAAAAACCCUAGUCUCUCUCUUUUUUCCUCUCUCCACCGCGCUCCGCCCCUAAAAUGGCUUCGGAAACGGCCCUCGACAAACUUUCCUCUGAUAACCACAGCCCGAUGCCAGUGCAACCCUCCCGCCAUCACCUUGUUCAGCCACUCAGGGCUGUCAUUCCACAUCCUGCCACCGCAGCUGCAGUUGAGUCAUCUGCUGCUAAACCUGCUAAAACUAAGUUGGGUCUUUCAAAAACUGCAAAUGGAUCUCCGUUAUCAACGAAGGACAGGCACACUAAAGUCAAUGGCCGGGGCCGCCGCGUGAGAAUACCGGCUUUGUGCGCCGCCCGCGUGUUCCAGUUGACGAGGGAGCUUGGCCACCGCUCUGAGGGGGAGACUAUCGAAUGGCUUCUCCGCCAAGCCGAACCUGCUAUCAUCGCCGCCACCGGCACCGGAACUGUACCUGCUGACAAAAUUUCCACCGCCCCCACCAUUCCCCUGUCCCGCUCCCCCGCUUCUGUACAGGCUCCGGUGAAUAGGUCAUUGCAACCAAUGCUUCCGCCGAGCUGUAGGCUGGACCUCUGCCAGGCAUCGCCUCCACCGAUGGGGCUGGAGUUUGAUCCCAAUGCGUAUCGCCAUAUGCCGUUCACAGCUCUGCUACUGCAGCCUGCGGCUGAGGAGGAGGAGGAAGCGGAAGAGAGGCACCGUGGAGUGGUUGAGGAUCGGUAGAUACCGGUAAUUUAGUGGCAUUAAUGGAUAGGUAAAACAUAAUUGGACCAUUUAAGGAAUAAGUUGAAAAUGGUUAUCAUCUCGUUUCGAUUAUACGAAUUCUGUAUGUGGUCAUAUGAUGAACGAGCAUGAGAAAUAUGUACACUAUUGAUAAUUAUAUAUAUCAGCUCCUAUUUGCACAAAAA